UCUUCCUGUUCUUCUCUCGAUCCGUCCUCGGGAACUUCCGCCAUUGAUCCACAGCUCUUCCAGCUCCUCCUUCCCUCUGCCCGUAUUCCCAAAGAUUGUGGAGCUCUGUCGUCUGUUGUCAGAGACGAGUCCUUUCCAGACUCCCUUCUAGCAUUCCGUCGAAUCUGGAUAGAAUGAGAAAUCACGUCAACGUACAUUUUAAGUUCAAAGACCGGAUGUUCGAUAUAAAUUUGAAGGGUUCAUCAAUGGAGGAAAUUACUUUGUCAAUGAUAAAAGAGAGGAUCUAUAAGAAGCUUGGGUUAGAUGAAACAAAGGAAAAACUGGAAUUAAGCUACAUUCCAAUGGUGGUAGGAUAUGAGAUACGUUCCAAUAUUAUUGACGAUGAGGAUCUUUUUAUUUACCUAACGUGCAUGGAUAAAGAGAAGCGAAGGAGUCUUUUGGUUGUAGAGACUUUUGAUAUGAACUACGAAGAGUUACGGUCAUUGGAGGAUGAAAUAGGACCUAAUGCCAUAACGUUGUACGUAGAAGAGAAGCAGGGAAAUAACGAGGUGACAGAGGGUGAGAAAGACGAUGCUACAACACAAGAUGAUUGUAUGGAGACGGAUACUGGUAUAGAGAAUGAUACUGGUAUGGAGACUGAUACCGGAAUGGAGACUGAUACCAGAAUGGAGACUGGUACCGCUGCGGAGACUGAUACCGGUGCGGAGACUGAUACCGCUGCGAAGACUGGUACCGCUGCGGAGACUGAUACAGUUGUUCCAACUGCUGAAAAAUAUUUUGAACAACCACCUACUAUAGAAUCAAAAAAUAUAUAGAGGAGUGGGGUGAUGGUUUGAGUCUGAGUAAGCAUGACGAAUUUCCAAGUAAGAAGGCAAUUCAGGAGGUGGUCGAUAGAGCUGCAUUUUCUGAAUGCUAUCAUUAAAUCACUAGAAAGUCUGAUAGUAGACGAUUGGUGGUAAGAUGUUCGCAGCCUAACUGUAAAUAGGGAUUACGAGCUGCAAGAAUUGCUGAGACUGAAAUUUUCUCGAUUAGAAGCUACACGAAGAUGCAUACAUGCUUACGAAGUAACCAAAGUAACAUCAAUGAUAAGAGAAGAGGGUCUGCAGAACUAGUGUCAUCAUUUUUGACUGAGCAAUAUCCAGGAGACAUGGAAACUCCAACUCCGAAAGUGAUUAAGGGUCUCGUUAAGUUCCAUCUUGGUGUCAUGAUAUCGUAUUCGACAGCAUUGCACGGGAAGAAUCUGGCGGUUUGUGAACGACGUGGUAGUCCACAAGAUAUCUACAAGAUGAUGCAUUGCUAUUUGCACAUGGUAGAGCAAGUGAAUCCUGGAAAAAAAACAGUUUGAAACUGGAUGAGGCAGAUAAAUUCAAGUACCUCUUCAUAGCCUUGGGAGCUUGCAUUGAAGGGUUCGCAGUGAUGAGGAAAGUGAUAAUCGUUGACGCGACAUGGCUUAAGAACGGAUAUGGGGUGUUCUUGUUUUCGCAAAAGCUCAAGAUCCUAAUCGUCACCAUUAUCCACUUGCGUUUGCAGUGCUAGACAGAGAGAAUCAUGCUAGCUGGACUUGGUUUUUCGAGAACCUAAAAAGUGCUAUACAAGACUCUUCGCAAUUGGUUUUCAUGACUGACAGAAAUCAAAGCCUGAUCUUCGCUAUAGGAAACAUGUAUCCACAGGCUCACCAUGGUCAUUGUUUAUUGCAUUUGAAGUAAAAUAUGAAAGGGCAUGCUUGCAACGUCAAUUGAGAUGUAGUUGGGCAUAGAUUCAUGGAGCUGGGCAGAUAUUACAUGGUGGCUGACUUCAACGCU